GUUUAGAUUAAAGGGAGGCAGCCUCUUUAUCUUUUCCUUUAAGAGGUUUUAAUAACAACAGUUAAGAAAGAGGAGAUACAGCAGUUCUAGGCAUAGGAAGGCAACAACAUGGCUUCGAGCGACAUGCCUCGAAGAACAAUGCCUGCUGGAGAUGUGCCGAUCCCAGGCGAGCCCCUGUCGGUUGAAUCUCAAGUGUUGGAAAGAGGGGCACAAAUGCUGCAGUCGUUGAAGCCCGUGAAACAGAUCCAACAGCAUGUUUGCAGCUUUAGGCUUUACUCACAUGACCUUACGCGGCAGAUUCGUGCGCACCACUAUGUCGCCCGUGUAAACCAAGACUUCUUGCAGUGUGCUGUCUAUGACUCGGACUCUUCGGAUGCCCGGCUCAUUGGCGUGGAGUACAUUGUAUCUGACCGGAUCUUCGAAAGUCUGCCGGAUGAAGAGAAGAAAUUAUGGCAUUCUCAUGCCUAUGGGAUAAAAACGGGAUUGUGGGUGAAUCCUAGAGUCCCUGAGAUGUUGCAGAAGGCAGAGCUGAGGGAAAUGGCAAAGACUCAUGGAAAGUUCUGGUGUACAUGGCAAGUGGAUAGAGGGGACCGGCUCCCAAUGGGUGCACCCGCCUUAAUGAUGUCUCCACAAGCGAUGAACGCCGGGUUAGUAAAACCCGAGCUUGUGAAGGAAAGAGAUGAAAAGUACGGGUUAUCAAGUGAAGAGCUCAAAGAGAGCCGAAAGGAGAUCGAAGAACCCGAGUGGAUACACCCUCUCGCAGACUAUUGGAAACAACAUCCCAAGGGCUUUGCUACCGAUAUAGUCGAAGCCGAUAUGGUCACAAUGCCUGGUCAGCCAACCCCUACUAAACCUGCUGGGAUGGCUUUAGUUUGAGACUUGAACUGUGGUCAUAAAGUGUUUCACCAUGUAAAUAGCAGACCAAGCAGGGUGGAGAAUUAAGGUUCUUGUGCAUGAUACUUGAAGACUGAUACUAGGUCGCCUGGAAUGUCUAGUUUUAUGGCUUAUUUUUUCUUGUGAUCUUUUAUUUGUGGAACCAUACUCGUGCUUUCAGAUAAUUUGUGUGUCUAGAACCUUCUUUUUUA